AUGACCUCCUGGGCUUUGUCGCUACUUCUCUCAUACAAUGUCGACACAGUAUCUGCUAAAUCGGCAGCUGAUUAUUAUGUCCGCUCAUUGCCGGGGGCACCGGAUGGGCCACUCCUGAAAAUGCAUGCUGGACAUGUAGAAGUGGACCCGGACAACAACGGCAAUCUCUUUUUCUGGCAUUUCCAGAACCGUCAUAUCGCCAACCGGCAACGAACUAUUAUCUGGCUGAACGGGGGUCCGGGUUGCAGCUCCAUGGACGGUGCAUUGAUGGAAGUUGGUCCGUAUCGAGUCAAAGAUGAUCAGACAUUAGAGUACAAUGAAGGCUCCUGGGAUGAAUUCGCCAACAUGCUGUUUGUCGACCAACCCGUCGGGACCGGAUUCAGCUACGUCAACACGGAUAGCUACAUCCAUGAACUGGAUGAAAUGUCGGCUCAUUUCAUUACAUUUCUCGAGAAGUGGUUUGAAAUUUUUCCGGAAUAUGAAAGAGAUGAUAUCUAUUUCGCGGGUGAAUCCUAUGCCGGUCAACAUAUACCGUACAUUGCAAAAGCCAUUCAGGAACGAAACGAAAACGCGACUCAGAGUGGUGCGAGUAAAUGGAAUCUCCGCGGUCUUCUAAUCGGAAACGGUUGGGUAUCCCCGGUGGAACAAUACCAGGCAUACUUGCCUUAUGCCUACGAAGAAAGUCUCCUCACAGAAGGUAGCUCGCUCGCCAAGAACCUCGAAGUGUCGCAGUCUGUGUGUCUUUCUCGCCUGGAGGCCGAUAAAGACAGAGUCGGCGUACCCGAGUGCGAGGAGGUGUUACAGGAAUUAUUGAAGCGCACUGUCGAUGGGAACAGAGAAUGUUACAACAUGUACGACAUUCGUCUCCGCGACUCUUUUCCGUCAUGUGGCAUGAACUGGCCCCCGGACCUAGUAAACAUCAAACCAUACCUUCGCCGGCCCGACGUGGUUAGUGCCUUGAACAUCAACCCGGAAAAGAAGACUGGUUGGGAAGAGUGCACUGGAGCUGUGAGCAGCCGGUUUACCGCCCAUAAUUCUGUCCCUUCUGUCCGCCUACUUCCAGAGUUACUCGAAUCCGGCGUUCAGGUUCUUCUCUUUAGCGGUGACAAGGACCUGAUUUGCAACCAUGUCGGAACAGAGCAAUUGAUUAACAACAUGAAAUGGAACGGAGGAACCGGUUUUGAGACCUCACCAGGUGUUUGGGCCCCACGUCAUGACUGGACAUUCGAAGACGAACCUGCUGGUAUCUACCAAUACGCCCGCAACCUGACCUACGUCCUUAUCUACAACGCAAGCCACAUGGUUCCCUAUGAUGUUCCGCGCCAGAGUCGGGACAUGGUCGACCGCUUCAUGAGAGUGGAUAUUGCUAGUAUUGGUGGCAGUCCGGCCGACUCGCGCAUUGACGGCGAGAAACUUCCGCAAACCUCAGUGGGCGGUCAUCCGAACAGCACGGCCGCUGAGCAACAAGAAAAGGAACGGAUCAAAGAGACCGAAUGGAAGGCUUAUGCCAAGUCCGGCGAAGCUGCUCUGAUCGUCGUUAUCAUCGGUGUGUCUGUUUGGGGCUUUUUCAUCUGGCGCAGCCGACGGCAUCACCGCGGCUACCGGGGUGUUUAUCAGAAGGAAACCUCUCACAAUGGCUCGUCUGUGCUUGAACGUUUCCACAACAAGCGCUCUAGCGCUAAUGAUGUGGAAGCAGGAGACUUUGAUGAGUCCGAGCUUGAUGACCUGCAUUCUCCUGGUUUGGAUCGUGAACACUACGCGGUGGGCGAUGACAGUGAUGAAGAUGAGCAGCGGCCAUCUAGAUCAGGACAGGCGCAGGAUCAUUUAUCGUAA